GCAGCCCUGCAGUGCGAUCACACAGUGUGGGAAUGGGGCUGUGAGAUCGAGAGCAAAAGGAAGAAAGAGAGACAUGAGAGUGAGGAGGGGGGGGAGUUAAAAAGAAGAGCUUGAGGGCUUUGCUCGGAUGAGAAGGGGAGAUGAUCUGAGUCUCUUGCCUGUCGUGGACGUGGGAAAGGACGUGGCAGCAGGGGCUGAGGUUGAGGCAGAUCUGAGGUCUCCUGUGUAGAAGUAGCCGGCGUCAGGACGUUAUGCCCUGUGAGCAGUGAGGGGAGCGUGUGUGAGCAGGGAGCAGCUGCUGUGACUGCAUCUGCGCUGCCUGCAUGUCUCAGACAGGCAGGGGAUGCAGCAAACCUCUGCCCUGAGCACAGAGGCUGCUAGCUGUACCCAGCGAGGAGAAGAACCAGGUGGGCUGGGGUGGGAAAAGGGGGCGCCUGCCUUGAGAAAAGGAACUAGCUUAACCUGCACCUGUAGUGAUCCCCCCUGCUUCAGAGUCAAGACGCUCACCUGCCGUCUGCUGGAUCUGAACCUGGAUUUACUGCUCUGAGAGAUGAGAAGCGCGUUCACUGGCGGAGCCGCACAUCCAGCAGUCUGCUGAAGAGUGUGGAUGCUGGGCAGCACUGGCAGCACCAAGGACACCAAGCCUUUUGCCAGACAGCUUUGAGGAGUUUGAAAUCAGCACACUCUGGAAAUCCUAAGUCAACCAAUUUUUUUUUUUAAUGUAGGAUUUACAAUAUUUCUACCUGAUCGUACUCCUUGUGGCUCUGGAGUAAAGAGGAAAACACAAUAAUUUAAGCCAAUGUGUAUUCCUUGAUCAAAGAUAACAUCAGUACCUCAACAGUACUUUAGAAUGCUGCUACCUUCCUUGUAUGAGCCGUGUCCUAGCUCUCAAAGAGAUUGACCAAUGAAGCCAUGGGACUCAGCCAGAGCGUUACAAAUGGGGCCUGUGGUAAAGCCCUGGACCAGCCGGUCGGAGAGUGGCUGGAGCACGUGGGGCUGCCGCAGUACGAGAGCAAGUUCCUGCUCAAUGGCUUCGACGACCUACGAUUCAUGGGAAGUAACGUGAUGGAGGACCAGGAUCUCAGAGACGUCGGGAUCACUGACCCAGGACACAGGAAGAAAAUCCUCCAUGCGGCACGCAGCUUGCCCAAGGUGAAAGCACUGGGCUGUGAUGGCAGCACGUCUCUUGUGUCCUGGCUGGACGGCCUCGGCCUGCAUGAAUAUCUGCCCAACUUUCUUUCUAGUGGCUACCGCACACUGGAGUGUGUCAAGAACCUCUGGGAGCUGGAGAUUAUCAAUGUUAUAAAGAUUGGUGCCCUGGGCCACAGGAAGAGGAUCAUCGCCUCUCUAGCAGAGAGACCCUAUGAAGAGGCUCCGUCCAAGUCCCGUCGUCUGUCCCCAAUUAUGUUCCAUGACCUCCUGUCCCAGAACACGUCUCCCCUCAGUCAGAUGGACCCGUACACCAGCCGCUCCAUGGACAUGCUGCUGCCCUUGACUGAGUCGGACCGGAGGAGGAGAGCGGUGGAUCAGGACUGUAGCGUUUCCCUGCGGUCGUACAGCGAGAGGCCGCGCUCUGUAGACAGACAGAGUGAACGACAGAAAGACUCUCGUUUAAACCUUCGGCCUCCGAGCCAGUCUGCUACCUACGCCACGGUGUCCGCCUGGCAUCACCAGCCUGAGAAGCUCAUCAUGGACUCCUGCGGAUACGAGGCCACCUACCUAGGAUCAAUGAUCAUCAGGGAUCUACGAGGGAUUGAGUCCACACAAGAUGCCUGUGCUAAAAUUAGGAAAUCAAAGGAUUCAAGAAAGGGUCCAGUAGUCAUACUGUCCAUUACAUACAGAGGGGUCAAGUUUAUUGAUGCAGCCACGAAGACUAUAGUGGCGGAGCAUGAGAUCAGGAACAUUUCGUGCGCCGCCCAAGAUCCGGAUGACCUCUGCACUUUUGCUUACAUUACCAAGGAUCUGAAGAGUGGACACCACUUCUGUCACGUCUUCAGCACAGUGGAAGUGACACAGACAUAUGAGAUCAUCCUCACCCUUGGGCAGGCAUUUGAGGUGGCCUAUCAGAUGGCAAUGCAGUCGAGGGCGAGACACUACGUCCCGCCUACAUCUCUGCCCUCGGAGGUCAUAGAGACCAAAACCAACCGCCCUGUGUCUCAUUCGUGGAACAGCACGCGGAGAUCAGCAGGUGCCCCUCCGCUCGAAUGCCGCUGCUGUCACUGUCACACGUGUACUACCCACCGCCCCUCCUUCCUCCCGUUGCACUCUGUUAGCCCCAGAGUCCAGAUGGACCCCCUGGAGAUGGACGCAGACAUGCACUCCAUGGGCAGCACCACCUGGCUCUUGGACCAGCGGGACCCCCACAGGCGCCCCGUCAGCACCAAGUACGAGACCACCAUAUUCUGAGGCCGGACCCCUGCAGCCGCCCCUCUGCACUCCCUCGUACUUUCCUCUCCCCCCCUGCAUCUGGGUCUUUAUUUAACUGUCACACACACACACACUCAUACAUGCGAGCCCCGUGCCUUCUCACUGUGAUGGUAUAGCAUCCCUCAGGGCGGCCUACUCCUGCACCCCCCUCUGCCCCGCCCAGUGACCCACACGACCUCUCUUUACCUGCAAUGACAAAACACUCCUGCGGCCCCCCCCCUCGGUACACCCUCCAGCUGCUGCAGCCGAUGGCGGAGCCCUGGAGCGGAUGAUCCUGGACUGAUCUCAUUUUACAGUGGACCUGCUCUCUCAACCAAACUGCCUCUUCCUCCUCCUCAUCCUCCUCCUCCUGGCAACUUGCAUCUGCCUCCAAAUCCCCGAUAGCUCCCAGAGCCUGUCCUGUCUCACCAGGCAUCUACCACUGUGAGGCACUAAGAGGAGGCUGCUUUGAUAAGCAUGGGAUGAAAGACGGACAUUUAAAUCAAUGAAAAGACAAAACAGCAGCAUGAAGCAAACAACCUGUUGUUUUUCUACGCAUUUGUACAAUACUCACAACACCACGAUGGAUUGGAUUGGUCGUGAACCUAUCACGGAUGAUGUCUGGACUCAAAUGGACCAAGAACUGAACGAACGCACGCACACACACACACACACACACACACACACACACACACACACACACACACACACACACACACACACACACACACACACACACACACACACACACACACCAUUUAGGUUAUCUAUAGUCAACUAAAGCCCCCCACCUUGCUGGAUAUCAUCAUUACCCAACAACUGCACGCCUCCCCCUGCUUUUAAAAGACUGAAAAGACGACGCCUCUUCUCAUUUCCUGGUGUGUUUGUUGACUGACCGUCCGAACGACGUUCUUGAUGGUACAGUGUUGUCCAUAUGAGAGUCGUUGCUCUGGCCUUUGACUGCCCUGCAGUCUCUCAGCAUUCAUGGUAAUCACAGUAUCUUCUUUGUCAAUUUAAAAAAAAGAAUAUCACUGUGUUGAAUCGUGGCACUAUCCCUUUUAAUAACAUAUUUUCUUUGGUGCAUAUAGAAUAUAAAGUGCAUUUUGUGACUUUUUGAUAGACCGGGGUCGAUUGAAAGGAAAGCGUGAUUUAAGGAAGGGAUCACGAAGGAUCCAAUCAUUGAAACACACCACCAAAGAAAGUAUACUGACAUUACUGACAUCAAAUCUCGCAAUUUUGGUAAUCGCGACCAAAACAACGUCCUCAAACACAUUUUCCCAUUUGUAUUUUAAUGAGCCUGGAGCACAAUUUGGCACACAUUUCCUAACAUAGCAUCCUAUUAUCAUGAUUACAUGGGUAGCUGUCCGUGCUGUUUCACACCAAUUUUAGAAUUAGCUACAGUACAUGCAAAGUAUGUCACUUGAAGAUAAACGGCAGUGAAAAGAUUUAAUUCCAAUACAUAAAAAAAAGAGCCAAAUCCUAAAUGUUGCUCUGUUAAUGCAAAUGGAUUUUUAUGCUGGGAACAUGACACAGUUUUUUGUGUCUAGAAAAAAAUGAAUUUCCCUCCUGCACUGUGACUCAAAAUACUCGUUGUGGAGUUGACGCGUAUCUGUGGGUCCUCCCCUGUGUGCACCUCCUGCUGUAUGCCUGGUUUCUGUCUGUCCUCAUGGGAGUUUGGACUGCUGCUGUUUACAUCCCGUCCACUGUCCUUGUUUCUGUGUGAGGCAUUGAGCUCGUCUCCACUGACUGUUAAGACGGUCUGUGUGCGGUGCCACUCUGUUCUGACUGUUAGCUUCCACUGACGAUGCAUGCUGGCAGUGUUUCUGUGUUCUUGAUGCACUUGGCCUAAGCAGUCUCUGUUUGUACUGUAGCUGUGUCUCGUCUCUCCUCGCUCAUCUCGCCAUUUGCUUUUUAUGUUCCCUCCUCUCGACACCAACACCGCGCGAUUCAUCCCCAUCCCUCCCCAUGUUUCCACUGUCCUCCCAACACUUUGUAUAUUUCUUCCAUUUUCUGUGUCACCAAGACAACCUGCUCUAGUAUGGAUGAAAAAAAGAAGGCAUUACACUUUAAUGAGCAGCAGCUAUUUAAAGCAAGUUUUGGUGGCAUGAUUUUGGCUGUGCAUGUACAAGUCUUUUUUAACAUCAAUGUUUUCCUUGUGUAGCUCACCCCGUCGUUCAAGUUUCCGGAUACCAAGCUGUGAGUUGAAGGGGAGCAGCCGAUGUGAGUGUGUUUGUUGUUGUUAGAGGGCAGAGCGGAGGGAAAAGAGGUAGAGAGGAAAUGCGAGGUAAGCCUAAUGCAACGUGCAGGGCCAAACAGCUACUCUGACAUUUAGAUCUCACUCUGUAUAUCCCCUGCUCCUCCACCGGCCCCAUAUCAACCCCAACACACAGACGAAAGGUAACCCCCCCACCACCACCGGCUAUAGGGGACCCGUGUAUCACUCCUGUCUCGAGUAAUCAGAAAGGGUCAGUCUAUUUCCUGGCCUCCAUGUGACUUUCUGAUCUCGUCAUGUAGGUACUGUUAUGUUUAGAGCACUGUAGACCAUUCAUGAGCUUUUCUAUUGAUUCAGGUCUAUUGGAGAUAGAAACUGUGGGAGUUAUUAAGGAGAAAAUAGAAAUGUAACGAUGUGUAGAGAAAAAAGAAAAGAAAAAAAACUGUACAUUUGCCCAUGUUUGUGGACAGAGUAUGGUUUGUCAAUGAAAAUGUGAUACUGUUUUACAUUUCAAAGCAAUAUUAUAUUAAUGAAAAAUUAAAUAAUACAAUGACAAAACAAUCCCUAUUAAGUCUGUUGUCAGCUUUGGUUUUGCAUUAUGGCUCAAAGUCAAUCACAGAAGGAAACAUAACACUGUCUGUUUGAAAGGUAAAGUGACAAACAUGUUGGGUAAUAUUCAACAAUUAUACUUUCAGUGUUUCCCCUGAAGUAGAACAUUUAAUGUAUAGUGUCAACAAACAAUUAGUCUUGAUGUGUGCCUACCAUGGUUUGGAUUACACAUUGAGAAACUGAAACCUUGACUUUAAUUAAAGAUGUUGUGUCAACAGAUUUCCCACAACUGUAUUAAGUUAGUUGAAAGCAAUAACAUUAAGUUUGACGAAAAAACAUUAAUAUUAUUGUCAAAUCACAGAGCUAAGCAUUUGAUUUGUGGAAUGGUGUUUUAAAAAACAUUCUGCUGUGUUGAUGACAUUUUCAGAAUCCUCAAAUCUCUUACCCAUUUAAACCUACAGUAACUUUUUACUGUAAAUGACUAUACAUGUGUUGAAUAUGUUGUUGAGUUGUCAACUCAAUCUUAAAUGUCACCAAUUAUUUUUCCAAACCUUGAGAAAUCCCUUAUUUUAUUCAACGUAACAGUCCAUUUCAUUGGGUCUCCUGUACUCAAAACGUGUGCUUGUUCAGCGUAUAUAACAUUGUGUUUCUCAGCUAAAAGUCAUAUAUAUUUUUUUCAUUUAUAUAUUUUUUAUAUUUUCAUUUUUACGAUGCAUUGUUGAAGAAACACUGAUUUUCAUCAUCUAAAACUGCUCAACAUAAAAUGACCAGGAGGUCAAGAGAGUGCCAUGUAGCGCUGUUUAAGCUCUGAGUGUGUCUGCUUUUGUCAUUUUAAGUGUAUCCAGUCAUAGUUUUCCCAGGAUAUUUUUUAAAUCAUGAAUUGAGGGAAAAACGGUAAUUCCUUAAAUCCUUUAUUAAUUAUAUUUUUCAUUUGUUUGGUGGAUUGAAUCGUGGCUGCCGAAGAAUGGAAAAUAUUUGUACAAAUAGGAGCCUGUUUAGUACACCACCUUCCAUAGCACCUACUGAAGGGGAAAACACUGAGUAUAGUUUUUGGUUAGUGACUAAAGGUGCAAAAAAGAUGAAUUCAGAAAAAAGUUCUCACCGUGGUAAAAAUCUGUCUUCAUUAAGGUAAGAAGAGAACCCUACAUGUUAAAAGUAUUUACAAACUCUAAGCAUCAUCUUUGGUACUUGAUGCCUUUCCUGAGGGAUGAAGUAAACCAACAGAUAUGGUUUUCAGUUAGUUGACCUUUUCCAAAACAUUUCCGAAGCACUCUCGUGUUAUGACUCUUUUCAGUAACGCACUGAAACUACUUGCUACUCUUGUCCAGGUUAAAAACUGUUACUCAUUAUGUUUCAUUAAACUGUUUUCUUAAUGUUUUUGCGUUGAAAUGUGUGUUUGAGAUGCAUCAAUGCAAUAAUAGUUAAGAUCAUGCUUUGAUUUAUAAAUUGUUUUGAUAUAUAUCAUAAUAUAUAUUUUGUUUUUCUGCUGCAGACUGUAUAUGUCUUUGCUUUGAACACUUGUUGACAGUAUUAACACUCUGUAACAAAACAUUCACCGGUGGGGGGGAAUGGUGUCUGGGU